UUGACGCUCGUCCCGUCUGGCUCGUGUCUCCGCAGCGGCGGAGGAAUAAGAUGCGGAGCAGCAGCGGAACCGGAGCCCGUGGCCCGGACCAGCCCAGAACCAGAACCCAGAGGCAAGCUACCCGAACCCGGAGCGGCGCGGCGCGGCUCGCACACAGAAUGACAGCAGCGGCGACAGAGAGGUUCUCCAGCCGCUGAGAGAGGCUGCUAUCCGGGCAGCUAACAGCGCGAUGACCGCGGAGGGAAGCGGAACGAUCCGCAGCCGCAUCAAGAACCUCCUGCGCUCUCCUUCCAUUAAGCUGCGGAGGAGGAGGAGCGGCACGGCGCGGCAGCAGGAGGAGCUCAGCGGCAAGGUGACCUUGGAGAAGGUUCUGGGGAUCACGGCUCCAGGGAACCGAGCGCUGGCCUGCGACCCCCGAACCGGACUGUUGGCUUAUCCUGCUGGCUGUGUCGUCGUCCUGUUGAAUCCUCGGAAGAACAAACAGCAUCACAUCUUCAACAGCUCCAGGAAGGCUAUCACCACGCUGGCCUUUUCUCCAGAUGGGAAGUAUGUCGUCACAGGAGAGAGCGGCCACAUGCCGGCGGUUCGAGUCUGGGACGUGUGUGAGCGGGUCCAGGUGUCUGAGCUGCAGGAGCACAAGUACGGCGUCUCCUGCGUGGCGUUCUCUCCCAACAGCAAAUACAUCGUGAGCGUCGGGUACCAGCACGACAUGAUGGUCAACGUGUGGAGCUGGAAGAAAAACGUGGUGGUUGCAGCCAACAAAGUGUCCAGUAAAGUGACGGCCGUCUCCUUCUCAGACGACAGCUCCUACUUUGUUACCGCCGGAAACCGCCACGUCAAGUUCUGGUACCUGGACCACGCCAAGACCUCCAAGGUGAACGCCACCGUCCCUCUGCUGGGGCGUUCAGGGCUGCUGGGAGAGCUCAGGAACAACUUCUUCAGCGACGUGGGGUGUGGGCGGGGUCGGCAGGCCUCCUCCACCUUCUGCAUCACCUCCUCCGGUCUGCUGUGCGAGUUCAACGACCGGCGACUCCUCGACAAGUGGGUGGAGCUGCGGGCGUCUCAGGCCACCUGUCUGUCCGUCACAGACGAGUUGAUCUUCUGUGGUUGUUCUGACGGGACGGUUCGAGCCUUCAGCCCCGUCAACCUGCACUUCCUGUGCACUUUGCCCCGCCCACAUUGUCUGGGGACGGACAUCGCCAGCAUGGUGGACGCCAGUCAGCUGUUCUCGUGCCAGCCGGAGGCCCGAUACCCGGACACGGUGGCGGUGACCUAUGACCCCGCCAGCCGCUGGCUGUCCUGCGUCUACAAUGACCACAGUGUUUACGUUUGGGAUGUUCGUGACCUCCGUGACCCCUGCAGGGCAGGAAAGCUCUACUCCGCCCUCUACCACUCCUCCUGUGUGUGGAGCCUGGAGGUGUACCCAGAGGGUGGGGGGGCGUGGGGAGGGGCACAGCUCCCCCCUGGCUCCUACCUGUCCUGCUCCUCAGACAACACCAUCCGACUGUGGAACACUGACGGCCACAAGCUCCUCACCAGGAACAUUCUGAGCCAGGAUUUACAAAAGGUCAUUUAUGUGGACGACAAUGUCACCACCCUGCUGGACCCAGAGAGCGCCACCGUCACCGGGGGAAACACGGAGAAGGCGGGGUCAUCAGGCUCAGACGGGCAGCAGACUGACCAGAGCAGGGCAGGCAUUAGGACCCUGAGAGUGAGCCCUGAUGGACAGCACCUGGCCUCUGGAGACCGCAUGGGAGUCCUCAGGAUCCAUGAUCUGGAUGGUAUGGAGGAGAUCUUGAAUGUUCAGGCUCACGACUCAGAGAUUCUCUGCCUCGAGUUCUCCAAACCAGAUACUGGUCUCCAGUUGUUAGCCACAGCCAGUCGUGAUCGUCUGAUCCACGUCCUGGAUGCAAGCAGAGACUACAGUCUGGUUCAGACUCUGGACGAACACUCGUCCUCAAUCACUGCUGUCCGAUUCGCUGCCAAUGAGGGGAAGGUGAGGAUGAUCAGCUGUGGAGCUGAUAAGAGCGUCUACUUCCGCACUGCUCAGCAGGUGGAGGGCGGGCUGGAGUUCACUCGGACUCAUCACGUGGUGAGGAAGACCACUCUGUACGACAUGGACGUGGAACCAACCAGGAAGUACGCAGCAGUGGGCUGUCAGGACCGCAGCAUCAGGAUCUUCAGCAUCAAUAACGGUAAGCAGAAGAAGAUGUAUAAAGGCUCCCAGGGAGAAGACGGGACUCUCAUCAAGGUGCAGAUCGACCCGUCAGGUCUCUACAUCGCCACUUCCUGUUCAGACAAGAACAUCAGCAUCUUUGACUUCUACUCUGGAGAAUGUGUGGCCACGAUGUUCGGACACUCAGAGAUAGUCACCGGUUUGAAGUUCAGCAGUGACUGUAGACACCUGAUCACAGUGUCUGGAGACAGCUGUAUCUUUGUGUGGCGUCUCAGUCCAGAGUUGACCAUCAGGAUGAGGCAGCGACUCGCUGACCUUCGACCUCCUGGCUGUGCUCAGACCUCCCAGAAUGCACCUCAGCAAAAAGUGGUCAACCACAGCCGGGAAGUGUCUUCUCCUCGUGUCGUCAACAUGUCGUCUGACAGCGACAAGGAGGAGGAAGAGGAGGAGGAGGAGGAGUGCAGGAGUCCUUAUAUGGUCACAGCAGGACGCCUCGAGGAGGAGGAGGAGACAGAGAUGUGUGACGAGACCUUGGACCCUCAGCGCUGCAGAGACGUGAAGGACGCAGCGGGGGGGCGCCUCCCUCGUCGGCGAUGGUCCAGGAGGACGGGCAGCAACGGAGUCCUGAUGGUGAAGUCCAUGUUGGACCUGAGACUGCUGGACUCGUACUGUCCUGACAGACAGGUGGAGCUGGGGGCGGAGCAAAAGGUGAAGACACGCCCCGUUGAUGUUAGCCCCUCCCGCUGUCGCCCGCGUGUCGGCCAGUUUGUGGGGGUGGGGCUUCACAGGACCAAUCAGGAGCUGGGGAGCAGCAUCAGUCUGCAGGUCAACACUGCAUGGGCAGAGGACAACGAGGUAAGGACCAACCAGAGGCCAGGCUUCAUCCCGCUGUCCAAUCACAGCCCAGACAGGGAGGCUGUGGUGCUGUAUCCCGACCAAGUGGAGGACAGAGUGAGCCUGGCAGCAAGUGAGUUCCAGGUGAAGGAGGCGUGUCCUGCUGCUGCAGGUGGACGUCAGGACAAACCCAGUCCAGACAGCGGCUGCUCACUGGGAUUCAGCUCCAGGCUGUCCAGUCCAGUCAGACCUGCAGGAGAAGAACCUCUCAGUGUGGAUGGGAACUCCUCUGAGCUGGAGAUGGAGGAGGACGAGGAGGAGGAGGGCGGAGGAGGAGCAGCAGAGGUCACGACCCCUCAAAUCGUACCUCAGACUCCAGACCAGGAAGCCUUCCUGAAGGAACACUUUGUCACUCUGGCCGACCUCUCAGGUUCAGGAAGUCCCAGCAGAGCGUCUCACAGCUCCAGUGAGAGUCUCAGCAUCUCUUCCAGGUUCCUCUCACAGAAUCCGACUGCAAGUCGGACUGUGUUUCCUCUCCCAUCUCGGACCACUGGAGGAGGAGGGGAGGUGAAGGCCCGCCCUCUCGUCUCAGAAGUCCGCCCUUUGAUGGGGGAAAACCAGAACCGGACCCAGGACAGGAGGGUGUCAUGGAACCAGGACCAAACCCAGAAUCAGGACCAAAUCUCCUUAGUUCAGGACCAGGCACAGUCCCAGAACAGGAUCAACCAGGACCAGCCUCCUCAAGUUGUGAACCAGAACCAUCUCCAGCAGCCCCUCCGGCUCUCCCCACUGAAGAAGAAGGUCCAAACCGCGGUGGAGUCUAAGAGGAAUCUGGGACCGACAGCCCGAGCCGCCGCCUCCCAUCUGAACUCCUCUUCUGGACUUCGGAAGACUCAGUCGGUCCAAAACCUGCUGACGGACACAGGUGAGUCCUCUCUCUCGGCCUCUCCAUCCAGAGAGGUCCAGCCUCAGAUGCUGCUCCCCCUGCAGCGCCCCACCACCCUCCCCUCCUCCCCGAGACGCCCCCUGUCCAUGGCCCCUCCCCCUCAGAGAGCCAGCCCCGCCUCCCCCAGGUCCCCCCAACAGGAAGCAGCCGCUGCCAUCUCGACUACACCUUUGUCUGCUGUCGGCACCCCGAGGAAGUCUUCCUCCUCCUCCUCCUCCUCCACCGUGGUGGCGUCGCGCUCCUACAUGAGUCCCACCGCCAGCUCCAUGGCCAAGAUGUCUCGCUCCGCCUCCGUGGGCGACGGCCUCAACAUCUCAGAAUCUGGCGAGGACCCCCCAGUGACAUCAUCGGCUGCGUUGACGUUAAGCCCCUCCUCUCAGGUCAAAGACACGCCUCCUCCUCUUGUCACCGUGGUGCCCUCCAAUGCAGCUCUGGCCACGCCCCCCCACGCCGUCGUCGCCUCCUCGUCUCUGGGUAACCAGACAGCCCCUCCCCCCCCCCGGAGCCUCCAGGCUCGGGUCCCCGGCAGCAGCCGACCGCUGCCUGACAAGCCCUCCCUCGCCUCCUUGUCCUCCUCCUCGCGGCCUCCUCCGGUCUCCGUCGCCCCCCUGACUCCACCUCGGCAGGAGGCGGAGCCUCCGAAUCCUGGAGGCGGCAGCAGCGUGGAGCCGAGAGCCGACGCAGACCAGCCAAUCAGCAUGGAGACCUGCAGGGCUCUGACCAAUGAGCUGCAGAGCUGCUUCAAGAGAGCAACUCACCUGUACAGGAGGGUGAGCGGCUCCUCUCAUGAUGACUCCGCCUCCGACCAGCAUCAGAUGGCCGUCGUCCUAUCAGAGGCCUUCCAGGGAAUGAGGGCGGAGUUAGACUGCCUGCCGCUCGGUAUGCAGAGCAUGCUGGGAGUGGAGGGGGGGCUGGAGGGGGGGCUGGGGGGAGUGGGGGGGGAGAAGAUGGCGGCGCUGCUGGAGGAGUACUCUCUGCUGCUGCUGCAGGCCGUUCACCGCAGGGUCGACACGCACCACUGAGGCUCCUCCCCUUCCUCCUCCUCGUCUUCACAGAUGACGAAUCUGAAGCCAUUUACAUCGUGUCUGAACUUUCUUUCCUUUUUUUAUUCUUAUGCAACAAUCUUUCUGCUUUUAAAGGAACUUUUUUUUAGAAACUGAACGACCAAAGUUUCUCUCGAGUCGUUUUUUUAAAGACGUUUCAGCAAAGUUUUUCUUUUCAUUGAACUGAAUCUGAAACGUUGAUGUCAUGAGAUGCUUUGAGCAAACUUUAUUGAUCCCGAGUUCACUUUCCUGUCAGACUACUGAUGCUUUUAUAACUUAUUAAAGGAACACUUUAACACUGACAACACAAGUUUGA